AUGCCAAGAAGUAGCCUGACCAACCAGUCAUUGUUCGAAAAUAAUGGGCGUAGGAGAUCAAAGCGGAACAUGAAACUUCCAACAGUUAUGAACAAGUUAAUAGACGAGUACGGCACGCCCACUAUUGAUAAUGAUUAUGGGAGGGAUUUUGCCAGAAAACCCUUCAAGCCUCUAAUUAACCUCACAUUCCCCUACUUCAAACUCCUCCCCACCCACCCAAAAUCCCGUUCAAAGUUCAGAAUAAUCCACACAGAUCUCUCCCUCUACGAAGACUGCAAUACUGUGUUCGAUGAACUUUAUGGGAAGAGAGCCUGAAGGCAAACUGAGAGGACCGGAAUUAACAAAGCAGAACAAGAUACAGAGAUGAGUUCUUCAGGAUCUUCUCAAAGAUAUUUUAAGAAAAAGUUGGGUUCAAGGAUCCUCCCAGUAGACAAACUAAGAGGAAUGAAAGAGGUGGAUUAAAUGCCAAAGGCAAUCCAGAACUGGCUCUAAAACUUCAUGUAAUCUACUUAACACCAUAAAACGU